GAUUGAACCAAAUAUCACCAUCUGAGAAGUUACAUUUUCAAAGUUAAUAACAGAGAAGGAAUAAUGGAACAAAAGACCAGGCUGUUAAAGGAAAAAAAAAAGAAGCUGUGACUUGUAACAAAGGAGGAGCAUUAUAAUUUUGAAAGCUACCUAUCUUGUUGCUUUCUUCUUUCUAUGUUGUUGUUGUUGAUGGUGCAAUGGCAGCUUCGAAGCACACAUAUCUAACUCAGAUGGGGAAGACAGGGAAAUGGCUUAGAAGCUUCUUGACAGGAAAGAAGGACAAGGAGAAGGACAAGGAAAAAUGUCCCACAAACCAGAGUUGUUCUGUUGCAAGUCAUGAGAAUCCAACAACUCCAAUUUCCAAUUCACAGACAACACCGAAAGAGAAGAGGAGAUGGAGUUUCAGAAGAUCAUCAGCCACAGCAGCAGCAGCAGCUGCAGCUCCAAGAGACUCCAGUUUUAUAGAUGCAAUGCCCACCACAGCACCGCCUAUGCACACCGCAUUGGAGACUGAGAAUUAUGAGCAGAAAAAACAUGCCCUGGCUAUGGCUGCGGCCACAGCUGCAGUCGCUGAUGCAGCUGUGGCUGCGGCACAAGCUGCAGCCGCUGUGAUCCGGCUUACAGCAGCUGUCAAUGAGAAAGCCAGUGCAUCUGAAGAGGCAGCUGCUGUCAAAAUUCAAUCUGUCUUCCGUUCAUAUUUGGCAAGAAAAGCACUGUGUGCCUUGAAAGGAUUAGUGAAGUUGCAGGCGUUGGUAAGGGGUCACCUGGUGAGAAAACAGGCCAAAGCUACACUAAGGUGCAUGCAGGCUUUGGUGACAGCACAGGCUCGAGCUCGGGCUCAGAGGAUCCGGAUGGCUGAAGAUGAAAAUACUGUUAUACCUCCUAGACAUUCCACCCCCAGAAGAUCUUUGCAGGAAAACCGGUUCCGGCAUACAUAUAAUGAAAUGGACAGAGGCAUGGAAGAGAACAUUAAGAUUGUGGAGAUGGAUCUUGGAGAGUCAAAGGGAAUUUUGAAGAGCAGAAAUAGCAGCUAUUCAAACCUCUCACAAACAGAGAGAACAGAACACAGAUUUUCCACUCAGCAUGCACCAAAUCAAGCAUACUCAAACCAAGACAGCUACAAUCAGCUCUCCCCAGCUCCAUCAGCUCUCACUGACAUGAGCCCUGGAGCCUGCAGUGCACAGUUUGAGGACUAUUCUUUUGGCACAGCACAAAGCAGCCCUCAGUGCUAUUCUGCCAUGUCCAAACUUGACCCAUCAAGAGCACCCUUUGCUUUUCCUAGGCCAGAUUAUGGAGAGCCUCUGUCCUAUGACUACCCUUUGUUUCCAAAUUACAUGGCAAACACACAAUCUUCAAAGGCGAAAGCCCGGUCGCAGAGUGCACCAAAGCAAAGGCCUGCAGAUUCAAUUGAGAGGCAGCCAAGCCGGCCGCGGAGGGCGUCCAUGGAAGGAAGGAACAUCCCAAGGGCUGUGAAGAUGCAGAGGUCAUCUUCUCAUGUGAGUUCAACUGCUCAGAAUUACCAGUAUCCUUGGUAUAUCAAGCUCGACAGGUCCACAGUUUCACUCAAAGAAAGUGAAUGUGGCUCCAGCAGUACAGUGCUCACAAACACCAACUACUGCAGAUCUCUUGUUGCAUUUGAUGCACAUGGAAGUAGGUACUAACAGCGCAUCCCUUCCCAAAAUUAUGCUUGCCCCAAAGCAUAAGAAACAUGCAAUAGUGUAAUUAGAGAAUGCAAGCUGCAAUUCAAUAUUGCUGACCUUUUAUUUUUCUUGGGAUUUUGAUUCCGAUUCUUGUGUCAUUGCAGCAAGAUUGUGUAUUUUAUUAAGUUCCUUGAUUUGCUUGUGUAGUGUCCCAUUUUGAAUCUGAUGUUUGUAUGUAGACAUUUUGGCUAAAUAUGUGUUCCUGAGGCUAAAAUCUCAGAUAAACUUAUCAGGGGCACAAUGUAAUUGGAUUGUAAUCUGUUUAUAGAGAAUUCAUUGUGCAUGAUUUUUUUCAAAGACUGCUGCUUAUUCUGUGA